AGCACAACAAUUUUAUCAUUAUAUUCAUGAUCACGCGGUGGUUACACGGAAAGUAAAUAUAUACACCAGCACCUGCCCUGAUAUUGUGUCGUCACAAUUACCUUAUGAUUUGUAGAAUUUAGCAUUAUAUAAAAGUGUAUGUCUGUCUGUCAACAGCGACUGCUCGCCAGAAUGUCAACAGAAAAGGAGAGUCUUCAGACACGUCAUCAAACGGCCGCUGGGUCUCAGAGCGCCGGCCAGCCGCCUGUGGAGCCGCAAUAUCCGCCAAGCUUCAAUCCGCCACCACAAGCCACUUACCAGCAACCACAGACGCAACCACAACAUGCGUAUCCACAAAUUCCGCCACCAUACCCACCUCAACAAUAUCCGCCAAUGACGUCACAGUCACCACCAAUGGCGUAUGCUGGCUACAACACAAACCCUCCCGCUAUAUUCGUGCCUCCAACGAAACCGGAAAAAUCGAUCCUGGAGGCCUAUCUCCUUUUUGUUCUGCUAGGAUUCAUUGGAGCGCAUCACUUCUACCUCAGGCGCCCCCUAUGGGGCGUUCUAUACUUCUUCACGUUUGGGUUACUCGGAUGCGGAUGGUUGAUCGAUCUUUUCAGAUUGCCGCUGUUAGUGUCACGCUGUAAUAAGGAGGCCUCCAGACCCGAGAAGGUUAACACCAACAGAAAACACGUGGACGAUGCUUAUACGUUAUGGUUGCCAGGGGGAUUUUUAGGCCUUCAUCAUUUUUACCUGAACAACAUUGGAUUAGGGGUUCUGUACAUGUUCACCUUUGGACUCCUGGGAGUAGGAUGGCUGAUUGAUUUAUUCCUGAUACCGUACCACGUCAAGAAGGCCAAUUCAAGGAACCCAUUCUCCACAGAGAAAAGCACGGCCACUGCUUUCAUCCUCACAGCGUCACCUACCGGAUUUAUCGGGGCUCAGCAUUACUACUUAAACAGAAUUGGUUUUGGACUUGUAUAUACUUUCACUUUUGGAAUCUUUGGCAUUGGAUAUAUCAUAGAUUGGUGCCGUGUCCCAGUAUUAAUCAAGCGGUACAACCAGAGUAAAGAGAUAGGCUUCAUCCCCCGUAGAUACUUGGACGACGCGUACCUGCUCUGGUUUCCCCUCGGUUUUCUCGGGUUUCAUCAUUUCUACCUGAACAGACCCGGGUGGGGAUUUUUAUAUUUUUUUACUUUCGGUUUGUUCGGCAUUGGUUGGCUGAUUGACGGAUGCCGGCUCUUCAAGCUGGUGGAAGAUUGCAAUCAGGAAAUGAAGGAACAGACGCUUCUCAGAAGGAAUAACCAGGGAGUCCACAAUCCGAAUUUUGUUCCCGGUUACCAGGGAGGAGUCGCGUGGAUGCCUGAAGCUGGUGGACAAGCGAGAGGGCAGUACGUUCAAACAAAUCCCCAGGGGUACACCACGCCUUUCCCUGGGAUGACCCUCGCUAGAAAUUCUGGAUAUGGUGCCACUUCCGGUAAUAUCGAACCACCCCCAUAUGAUGCGGGACCAUUACCUCCCAAAGCCAAAUAAUUGUAAACUCGUUUGUUCAGUUUAAUGAAACUUGAUUGUUAAUUGUCAAACAGAUAAUAUGUCAUUCAAGGCGAUCUUGCGCACAUUGAACCGGAUCAACGUUGUCAUGGGAAGUUGAUCUUUUCACUGAUCAUGCGUAGUAGAGUUUUACUUAUCUAUAGAGGUUCUAGUAUGAAUCGAAUAUUUUUUUUCUGAACAGAAAUGUUUUAUUAUUUUGUGAGUUUGAAUAUAAGGACGUACAUAUUAACAUACCAUGUAUGUAGAUAUAACAUUUAUAACUUGUAGUGAGGGUAUCCAAGUAUCAUUCAAAUAUGUUUCAUGUGGAUGUAGUAAUAAAGGAAAAAUUAAACAAA